AGUCGGUAGGUCCGCGUCGUAUCCGGUAGUAUCUUUGGUUCAGUUGUCCGGGAAACCCGCCAUGCACCAGCACUUCGUCUAAAACCAACACAUUUCCGAGGAGAGGCGCUUGUAUCUUUGUUUACAUGCCUGAGCCCCGGCGUGCUUAGCUCAGCGAGACAGAUGACAAGCUAGCCGGCCGAGAGAAUAUAGGAAACAAGUAACGUUAGCUAGCUUAAGCGGUGUCGAGCCCCGGUUGAACGUUAUAAUUAACGUUAGGCGGACGUUCGCUAAAAUCCAACAUGACCCAACAAGCUGCUGCUCUGCAGACCUACAACAAUGAGCUCGUCAAGUGUAUUGAAGACCUGUGCUCUAAGCGGGAGGAGUUGAACCGGCAGAUCAAGCAGGAGGAAGAGGAGAAGGAUCGACUGCAGCACGACAUCCGCAUCCUCUCAGAGAAGCUGAGCAGAGUCAAUGAGAGCCUGGCACAAAGACUCGCUGCCCGCGCCACUUUCGACCGCACCAUCGCAGAGACCGAGGCUGCAUACACCAAGAUUUUAGAGAGUUCCCAGUCUCUUCUGAGCGUUCUGAAGCAGGAGGCAGGAAACCUCAGUAAAGCCACAGAGCCCCGGAGGAAGGAGCACUAAUGGCAGUGAAAGUUCUAACACAAAGACUGAGAGGAUGCAAACUCCACAGAGUGACGACUGGAAAUUUAAACUGGGACCUAGCGGAGAGGAGGCGUGACCUGGUUCUCGACUCUAAAUCUGAAAACUGAGCAGCUUUUUGAUGAACGGAUGAGUUCCCCCUCACCAUGACUUCCUCUGUCAUCUGUGUCUGCUGGGAAGUGGUGUCCUCCUGGUAAACGCCGUCAUCAUGUUUGUGCUCCUGCCAGGCGCUGAAGUCCACCGAGUGCUUGGGAACGUAGCUGGAAAGGUCUGCAGACAAUAAGAAGACAAGAUGUGUUAAUAAAGAGUUAAUAACCUUUUUUUUCUCCAUCUCUUGUUGCCACUGAUGAAUUUUGUACCUUUCCCUUUGAGCAAAAAAAGAUACAUGUCAAUGAGACAGGAUAUAUUAAAACAGCAUGCAAAACCCAGCAAUGAUUUAUAAGAUGUUACUUGUUUUAAUGUUUUAAGUAGUAAAAUCUGAGCUGAUGAAGUCAAAAUGAAAACUCUUUAGUCCAACACACACUUUGUUUAAUCUAGUUAACAAUUUGUCCAGUAGGGGUCUCUGUCAUCAUAUUUACUGUUGUCUCUCCUUGCACCAUGCUGAUAUAAUCAGAAGCACUGACCUGAUCACACACCUUUGUAGUUUUCACACGAAAAUAAAAAAACUUCUUUAGCUUUAA